UCUCUUUUACACAUGCUUUUAUUUGAAGAUGUGAGUGUUAAAUGUUAAUGGUGGCAACAUUCAAGUGGGUCCUAAAAUGAAUUGGACCUAUGAGUUGUGAUAAAUUAAAAAAUAAUAAAUAAGCGGAUGUGAUUACAUGUUUAUUUAGUGUUUUUUAAUAUGUUUGUAUUAAGUUGCAAUCAAUAUAGAAAAUAUACGAUCGAAAUGUCGUUCGACAUGCUUAAUUACUAGUAAAUUGAAAUUAUGUUGCCAUUUUUUUUCCAAUUUAUCCAAAAAAAUAUGUAGUACCUUCUUGGGUAUGUGAUAGAUUAUUUGUGAAGCAACGAAUGUACUCUUUUCCAUGGAUCCAAGGCUUUUCGAUAACUGCACUCCACCUGUUCGACAAAAUUCCUCACUCACACUUAUCACACCACGCCAUCUCCAUAUUCCACUCCUCUCUCUCUCUCUCUCUCUCUCUCUCUCUCAUCAUUGUUAAUGUCUUCAAGACUCAUUCUAAAGCCAGCAUCAAUAAAAAAACCCACUGAAUAUACACAUACAAAGACUAAAAGACACACAUAACAUAGCGGUGGUUGUGGUUGUGUUUUGUAGUAAAUGGGUGUUGACUCAAAAGCAGGAAUCUUGAAAUCAUUGAUGUAUAUGUAUAGUUUCUUGUAUUUCUCUUCAAUUUCUUUCCUUUUUCUCCUGUUAAUUUUUCAUCUUUUUAAAUAAUACAUAUAAGGGAUAGGGACCAUUUUGGUUGCUGGGGUGGUUGUAAUUAAAUGAUGUUGGGUUUGUCCCAUGCCACUCAAAGAUCUUUUCUUUAAAGAAAAAAAAAAACCCCACAAAUAGAAUACACAAAAAAAGCUUAGAUUAUUACCUGUAAUCUGUAUUGUAAUUGUAAAGUAUUGUAUAGAAGAAGACAUCAUUAUUGCUUUUUUUCUGUGUCAUCCAUAACCCGACCCGACUUCUUUUCAUGAUUCUUUAUGUAUUUGAAAUAAGAAUUUCGAAGAUUUGAUUAUAGAUGAUGGGUUUUUGAUGUUUUGAUGUUUUGGAGUUGGAAAGUUAAGAUCAGCCAUGGCUCCUGGGAAAGCUUUGGAGUUCUAUCAAGAAGCCAAUGACUGGUUUUGUAAUGCAGGUUUACCAAGCGAUAUCAUGAUCAUCAUAGACAAAGUAAAUUUCCAUCUUCACAAGUUUCCUCUAUCGUCAAGAUGUGGAAAAAUCGAUAAAUUAAUCAAAGAAACUCAAAAUACAGACAUUAUUACCCUAGAAGACAUUCCAGUUCUGGUGUACUGUUUAGCAGAGUAUCUUGAGAUGUUCGAUGAGUAUGGAGAUGACAACUUAUUAGCCAGAGCAGAGACUUACUUCCAUAAACAUGUUGUAAAAAACUGGAAGGAUUGCAUGGUUGCUCUUCAAAGCUGUGAGACGUUUACAACACAAGCGGAUAAUCUUCAAAUUAUCAGUAAAUGUUUGAAUGCUGUAUCGAUGAUGGCGUGUACAGAUCCUAGUUUGUUUGGUUGGCCGAUGAUGAUGUAUGGUCGUUUACAGAGCCCCGGUGGUAGCAUUUUAUGGAAUGGAAUCAACACUGGCGCAAGAAUCCGAAGCUCAGAAUCCGAUUGGUGGUUUGAAGAUGUCUCGUAUCUCAGUGUCCCGUUGUUUGUGAGGCUUAUGAAGAUGAUGGAAGCUCGAGGCAUUCCACCUGAAAAAUUAACAGGGGCAAUUAUGUAUUAUUCUAGAAAGUAUCUUCAUGGGUUAGGGAGAUGGAAAAGUGGACAACAACACACUGCAAAAGCAAGAUCAAUUGCAAGUUUGAGCAUGAAACCUGCCAUUGUUGACCAACGAGUUCUUCUUGAAAGCAUUGUGAAACUGCUUCCUGAAAAAAAGGGCAAGUCUUUCUGUCGAUUCUUGUUGGGACUUUUGCGUGUUGCUUUGAUUUUGGGUGUUAAUGAUAAAUGUCAAGAUUCACUUGAAAAGAAGAUUGGAAUGCAAUUGGAGCUUGCUACACUUGAUGCCCUAUUGAUUCCUACUUAUUCCAAUUCCGAUACUUUAUACAACAGUGAUUGUGUUGAAAGGAUAAUCAAUCAUUUUUUGAACUCUGAAAAAACUGCUACUCCUUUUUCUCCACCAUCAAUUGCUUCAGAAGUGACUCCUUCAUCUUUAACAUUGAAGAAAGUUUCAAAGCUUGUAGAUAAUUAUAUGGCGGAAGUUGCAUCUGAUGUGAACUUGAAACCUGAAAAGAUAAGAUCUUUAGCUGAAGCUCUUCCUGAAUCUUCUAGAUCUUUAAAUGAUGGGCUUUAUAGAGCUUUGGAUCUUUACUUCAAGGCCCAUCCAUGGUUACCUGAGAAAGAGAAAGAAGAUCUUUGCAACAUCAUAAACUAUCAAAAGCUCUCAAUUGAUGCAUGUGCUCAUGCUUCUCAAAAUGAUCGCCUCCCACUUAGAGUUCAUCUUCAAGUUUUGUUUUUUGAGCAAAUGCAACUAAAAGCUGCUUUAUCUGCUUCCUCUAAUCUUGUGUUUGAGAAUCAGAAUCAGCCUCCAUUAAUGGCUUCCCAAAUUGUACAAAGAGAUGGGUGGGUGACAAUCGUGCGUGAAAAUCAAGUUAUGAAAGUGAGUAUGGAAAGAUUGAGGUCUAGAGUUGGUGAACUUGAACAAGAGUUUAAUAGAAUGAAAGAAGAAAUGAAAAGAAACUUUUGGGAAAUGUAA